UGCCCACUCCCCAGGAGAGGACGUUCCGCGCUGCUGCUGCUGCUGCCGCUGCCGCCGCCGCCGCCGCUUCUUUCACACUUUAGUUGGGGCUCUGUGUGCGUGUGCGUGUGUGUGUGUCUCACAGUUUCAAGAAAGCUGCCCGCGCGCCUCCCCCUCCCCACGCACGGAGCCCGGCUGGGGCUCUUUCGGCUUUUACUCCAAGCAGCAGGGGACGAGGGGGCGACCAAUACACACAGAGGGGAGGAGGAGAAAGAGGAGGAGGAGGAGGAGGGAGGAAGAAAAAGAAGGAGGAGGAGAAGGAGGGGAAGGGGCGGGGGGCGGGAGGCUUGCCACCUUCAGCCCCCCCCCAAGAGCCCAAGGUAGAAGCCUCUUGGCCAACUGAGCUGGAAGGUGGAUUUUUUUUCUUUUUUCUUUUUUUUUCAAAAAAACAAAAGUAUGUGCCUGUGUCUGUAGAGAUGAUUUGUAGUUCAGCGAGGCUGGAGCUGACCGAAUGAGACUAUGGGCUGUGCCUCCGCCAAGCAUGUUGCCACUGUUCAGAAUGAAGAGGAAGCACAGAAGGGGAAAAACUACCAGAAUGGAGAUGUGUUUGCUGAUGAGUAUAGGAUCAAACCUGUGGAAGAGGUCAAAUACAUGAAAAAUGGGGCAGAAGAUGAACAGAAAAUAGCAGCCAGGAACCAAGAAAACUUGGAAAAAAGUGCCAGUUCAAAUGUAAGACUUAAGCCUAAUAAAGAGGUUCCAGGAUUGGUACAUCAACCUAGAGCAAACAUGCACAUCUCUGAAAGCCAACAAGAAUUCUUCAGAAUGCUGGAUGAAAAAAUUGAAAAGGGUCGUGAUUACUGUUCAGAAGAAGAAGAUAUCACAUAGUGCCAAUUCUACCAGUCAAAACAGGAAUUACUACUGUGUAAAUAGAUUACAACCCAGUUGAGAUCUUUGGGAAGGUCGUCUACAACACACACACACAAAAACAGCACUACAUAAUAAAAGAAGAUCGUCUCCAUAUUGUAUGCCCCAUUCACUUACAAUGUUUCUUAAUGAACUCGCAAAGGAAUAUUGCUAAGAACUGUUCUAAAAACUUUGUUGCUGCUAGUUAAAACUUGUUGCAACUUUUCACUCCUCUUGUGUCCAGGUAUGCAGCAAAAUUCUAAAAUUUCACCUUACAGACAGACACGGUUGUUCUUACAGAUGCUGCCCAGCUGAUUUUCUAUCAGAUGAAAUAGUGAUGAACUCAAAUACCAAACUUCCAUUUCUAGAAUGUUCCAGCUUCUCUGAUACCUUUCCCCCUCCCUUCCUCUCUUUAAAGCUGUUUGUCAGUCCAGAGAUGGACCAGAAUAUUGCUUCUUACUGGCGAUUUUGAGCUUGGGAGAUGGGGAUGGUUGCUAUGGCAAGCCUUGUUUCUCCGCUAAGAAGAAAUGGAGAAGCUACUAUCUAUUAAAAGCAUGUUGUCCCAUGAAUACUGGAAGUGAUGCCGGAGCAGCAGUUUGCCUCACUUACUAGGUAUCUUAAUCAAGGACUAAACUUGCAGUUUUGGCUUUGCUCAGACGCAGAUGGAAGUGUGAUCACAAUCAUUUCGAAUCCCUUUUUUUUUCUAAGGAAAUAAACAUUUUACUGUUUUUAUGUAUCUUUGUCUUCUACCAUUCAUCUAGCCCAGUUUUUGUUUUUGUUUUUUUUACAAGGAUCUCGCCGGUAGGCAAGUUAAGCACUUUUGUUGCAAUACUGAUGUUAGGCUAAAUUGCCUCCCUGCCCUUCCCAUUUGUUCUUUCCCAGGUAUUACCAGGGCAAAUGAGAGGAGGCAUAUAUCCCCCUCCUUUUUAACAGAGCACCAAACCAUCACACUGCGUUUAUUUUUUGCCACUAAAUAAAGCAUCCCACUUCCUUAUUUCUCCCCCUUACAACAGGUACAGGAACCUUUUCCCUUCUUGUUUUCCUCUCUUCAAGGACUAGUUUGUAUAUCUACAAGGUUUUGACCUUCUGGGGAAAAAAUGCUCAAGUUAUAUUGCUCAUGGUUGUUGGAGAUGCCAACAGCCAGAAGUACCUGGGCAGCAAUGGGGAAUGUUGAUUGUGUGUUCUGUAGAGUUUAUUUUUCCAUAUUAUACAAAGAGGAUGAUCUCUUCUCAAAGACAGAGGUAAUAUUUUUAACAAAUAUUGUCACAAGUAAAUAGUAACCAUAAGGGGGAAAAACUUUUGUAUUUUUUUAAAUGAGUUUGAUAGCUUUGAUGAGGGCUCUCUUUAUUACUUUCAGGGGGAAAGGCUACCAUAGGGAAUGCCAUGCCAUGCUGACCAUGAAGUUUGGGGGACUUUGUCCACAUAGUCCACAUGGCUUAAGUUCAGUCACAAAGAUUAUUCCAUCUUCCCCAGUCUUGGAUUGUGAACCUGAAGGGGGCACUUGUGAAUUCAUUAACACUGCCACCCUGUGAUGUUAGUGGUUCAGGUGUUCCAGGGAGUAAAAAAGAUUUUCUGCCAGGGAAGAGAGCAUGGCUCUAAAAAUGUGUUCUUGAUGAAAAGAAGAGAUAGGACUUCAAGAUGAACCUCACAUAAUUGAUGGCAGCCAUUCAUCCAUGUGCCAACUGCAUUUCUUUUCCUUGGUUUUGGAUGAGGAGAAACUGAAGGUGGAAGAACUUUAGGCAAUGGGAUGAGGGAAAUGGACUUAAACAUUACCAAUAAAAAAACCCUUAAUUCUUUCAAGCCAGCACAGCAGAUAUUUGGGGAGCAGUUGUGACUGUUACAUAAAUAGGGAGAAAGCCAAAUUGUAAGACUUUUUGUCCUGAUCCAAACAGGAAAAUAUCAGUUCAAGUCUCCAAAGCUUCGGGAAUUAUUUCGCCACCUUCAUCCUCCACACCCAUAGUUUUGGUCAAAGGAUUUAAAUAGUUUUCUUCAAGUGAAUUGAAGGUUAGUUACAGUCUGGGUACCUAAUUCCACCCCUUCCACCCUCACCACCACCUCCAGAAACCUCUUGCCUUGAAUUCUAGCAAUUUGAUAUCAUGACAGUGGCAUUUUCCAUGGCUCCUUCAUUGGUAUUAAUCAUAAACAAAGCCGGGGGAGGGGAGCACAAAUCUGGGUUUGAAUCUCCACUGUCAUUUUCUACCUAUAUGACCUUGAGAAGUCUUUAAACCUCUCUGGGCCUCAGUUUCCUUAUUUGCAAAAUGAAGGGGUUGGACUAGAUGACCUCCAAGAUUUCUGCCAGCUCUAAAUCUCUGAUCCCAUAACUAAGUUGGUUAAGCCAAGUCUUCCGUGUGACUCCCAAACUUGGUGUCUCGAUGUCUUCCCUAGCAAAUGAUCACCUCUUCCCCAAAGACAAGAUGUUCUUAUUUCAGUUUUCAUAAAAGCAUUUUUAAAAGCAUUCUGAUAUGUUGCACAUCUAUGAGGAAUAAUGUUCUUCAGGAACCCAGCCUUUAAGCAUUUGAAUGAAACCAGAGAAGUCCCCUGCAUGGACCCAGUGGCUUCCCACUGGAGGUGCUCUCUGCUGCCACACUUAACAAUGAGCCCAUAUCUGAUGUGCAAAAGUGAUUUCAUCUGUAGUCACAUUUGGCAGAUCUAGAAAUAGAUCUGGGAAAUGGGGUGGUUGAGCUGCUUGGCACAAAAUGCCUGAUUGUGUUAACAACAUUCAAAACUGUCUGUUUUCCAUUUGUUGGUUCUAAUCAUAAAAUUGUCAAGUGACUUUGUGGUCGUACUUCAUUUUUCAAAGCCUUUUGAAGGGAUCUAAAACAAAAAUAUUUUGACUCUUCCUCCUGUGCAGCCUACGAUUAAGCAGACAGUGUUUCUGAUGCAAUGAAAAGAAUAAGCUGAUUUAUGGGAGGGUGCAGCUCUGGUGACUGAUAACACAGCAGCCCUAGCUCAAGGGAAAGGAGGGAGGAGGCCUGUUGGGUAGAGGUUAGAGAAGGGUGGGAAAUGAGCCCAGGUACAGGUCUAUGGGGUAUUUUCUGUACUGAGUACAGCUCCCGGGCUGCCAGUAGGCAUGAUGCAGCUGUCAACAAGACUUAAGGUGGUUUUAUACAUACCUCAUGCGCUUGCAGCAGCAGUGUUAUAAAGGAUCAGGAGUAUAUGGAUGUAGCUUUCUUUUCAUUGGCAAGGAGUCAGGAUCACCCAGGACUGUGGUCAUAAUGUAACAGAUUUGUGCUCAUGACUGGCGGAGACCUUCGAAGAAAACUUGUAUCAGUGUUUUUUCUUAGACCCAGGCUAUGAACAAGAGUAGAUGCUAGGGUCUGUUUGGGGAUACAUGAGGGCCUAAAGUCCAAGGGAAAAAAAUAAGGUCCACAAAAACAGCAGCAAUCACCAAACAGCCAACCUGUAAAAGAAAGCAGUUCUUUCCACAGGCAACAUAGCUCAAGAUAGGAGACUGGGUUUGGAUCCUCUAAAUAACCAGUGACCUCACUCAGUUCAACUCAGUAAGUACCUAUUAAGCACCUACAAUGUAUAAGGCAUUGUUCCAGGCGCUAGGAAUAAGAAGACAAAAUGAAAAAUUGACCUAAUGAUCCCUACCCAGCUCAGUCAUUCUUUCCUCUCUGCCAGAACUAUAAUGCUUUAUUUGAAGGAGUAAAUUCAGUUUCAGGCUCCAGCUGCAAAGUCAUGAAAAGAGAUAGAAGUCUCAUCCAUGUUGGCAGGACAGGCAAAUGACCAUAUGAGAAAUGGCUGCCUAUACAGCAAGGCAGCAGACAGUGGCAAUCACAGUCACUGAGGGGCCUACUUCAGGAAGGUCUUUUUGCUACCAUCCCAUUUCAGAGAUGAUCUAAUGUCCCCUAAUGUCGGGCCUUCCAAAAACAUGAUGUCUACAGGAAAGGUGUGAGAUUGUGCCAAUGACCUUACAUGAUUGUUAUUUGCAUUGCAAAUAACAUGAGUUGUCAUAUUGAUCAGAAGGCCCAUAUUGAGAAUGACAGAAAAUGUGCUUACAAGAUUGUUCACAAAAAUAAAUAGUAGAUAUUGUAUGUUAUAGUGGAAGGAGCCCAGAAUGGGCAGCCAGGCAGACCUGGGAUAUCUGCCAUUUACUACCUGGGUGAACUUGGACUGGUCACCUCUGUGGAUCCCAGUUUCCACCCCCAGUAUGAGGGGGACAAGAUGACCUCUGAGGUCCCUUCCACUCAUUCUGUAACUAUAAAAAGACAUCUACAGUGAACAUUUGUUGCUGAUUUAGAAAUGGUUGCAACUUAGACUUCAACCACAUACCUCCUCUACUCCACCAUUACAAAAAAAAAGGGCUUAAAUAUAAUUGCUUUGUAGGAAAAAGAAAUGUCAAAGGGAAAACACUAACUCAUAAUAAUGCCUGUCUUUUGAUAUUCUUUUUCCACAGAGGGAAAAUAAUUGGUAUCUAUACAAAAAAUAAUUAGCCAACACUGUUAUUAGUCACUAGUUUACACAAAUGUGCCAUCCAUGUUUUUGGAUUGAAAGACAUUUUCACUUAUCUAUUUAUAUGCUCAGACAUCGGGCUUUUCUUUAAGCUGUCUAAAACCUCAAUAGAAAAAUGAGACCUGGUCUGGGAAGAGGUUCUGUAUGGUUAAGGGCUGGACUGAAGGGUAAUUUGACAUUGAAAAUUCUGGUUUCAUGAUGUCAUGUGAGUAGAUGACUGGACCCCAGUGCUACUGUAUUAAAACUUGUGUGAAACAGUUGGCUUUCACAUUGCAAACGUCUCUGCAAUAAACCUUUUGGAAUUUAAUGAA